AAGUCAGCUAUUUUUCCACAUUAUUUUUUGCAUCUUUAGUUUCAUCCUUGAGUGUGGAGUCUGGAAUGUAUUUCCUUUCUACACAGGAAACUCAGGGCUAGAAGUAGAGGACUUUAAAAGUGCACAGCUAGUUCUUUGGGAGGUGUUUGUUCCAUGGCUUAGUAUUUAGUCUACUGUCCUAGCUGGAUCUCCAGCAAGUGUAAACAAUUAUAUUGCUGCUCUAAGGGGAAAAAGUAGGCUUUAGCCAUCACUCAAAUAAACAACCUUAUUUUUGUGUCUCUUUGGGGAAGAUUAAAGGACAGUUUUUAUAGGAUGGAGGAAAUCUUGUUUCACACUUAAACAUGGAAAUUAUGCAAAAGGGGCUGUGUCUCUAGUGGGAUUACUAUGUUGGUGAUUUAUUGUAAAGAUCAGCGCAGUGAGCAAGUAUUUCUGUGAAGCUGUGGCAUUUUCUAAUUCUGUCAUGGUGUGAGCAGAGGGAACAGAGCAUGCAGCUAACCUCAACUCCUCUCUAAAGACAAAGACGGUCUUUAGUGAUCAGUAACACUGCCCUAGAUACAUCAUCUGACUCGCACUGGGAUGCCUGGACCUUAAUCUAUCCAUGCAUUACCUUGCACCAAUAGGUGGGUAUGUUUCAUGGCACUGCUUUCAGAUAAACACGCAGAAUAACUGUCUGUUUUGCUGAUCUCCACUAGUACUUGUGUGCAUUUGAGCACAGGGUUUUUUAAAGUUCACUAAGAGGCUAAUUGUUGUGGUUUCCUGCUGUAGCUUACAUUCCCAGAGCUGGCUAGCAGUGUUUAACUGGGAGUCUCUACCUAUGCAGACAGUAUUUUCAGUUGUCGGACAGACAGACCAGCGCUGCUAUCAGCGCAGGGAGCUGUCUGAGAAAGUGUGUGCGUGUGUUUUUUGAUGUUUGUGUGUGAGUUUUAUGUGAGCUACAGAGUGCGUCCAAUGAAGACACCACCGCCUCUCAUCUCCAGUCCCAUCUGGAACAUGUUAAUCCAGCAAGAACUCUGACGCUCUCUCUGGUCCAAGCAGGAAACCCAAGUAUGUGGAGAGUCCGCGCGUUCCUUCUGAUGCCAUUGUGUCAGCUCUGAGGAAGGUGGCUGAUAACAAGGAGUCUUCACACAAUGAGCUGCAAGCAGAGAAACAGCAAAGCUCCUCCUCCCCUGCCACCCAGGAACUGAUGACAAGGCUGGGCUUUUUACUGGGAGAAGGGAUCCCGGGUACGGCACGCAUACCUAUGGACGACAAGAAUGAAAAGAAGUGCUCAGUGACAAGCCAAGGAAUCAGCCCCUGCUCUACACUGACCAGCAGCACGGCCUCUCCCAGCACUGACAGCCCAUGUUCUACGCUCAACAGCACAACCAGCCGCCCACCUCUCAGCCACUCCAGCCCCUGUGGGACCAUCACCAGCCCCAGCUCCACACUUGAGAGUAAGGACAGUGGGAUCAUUGCCACCAUCACUAGUUCUUCAGAGAACGAUGACCGCAGUGGCUCAAGCCUGGAGUGGAGUAAGGAUGGCAGCCUGAGAGGCAGCCCACGCAAUGGCCUGGCACAGAGCGUGCGGGCUGACACCUGCUCUCCUGUGGCCGAAGAAGACUCCAAUAGUGCCACAGCAACACCAGCUGACACCCCAUAUCGGUCAGACCAGCAGCAGCAGCCCAACGUAUCUGCAGGAGCAUCUGGACCACUGCAUCCUCCAUCUCACUCACCUGAGGGACCUGUGCAUUACCCGCCACAGACAUCUUCUUCCCUCAUGAUGCCAAGGCCAAACUCUGUAGCAGCGACCAGUUCCACAAAGCUGGAAGACCUGAGCUUUCUUGAUGAACAGCGCAACACCCCCCUGCGGACAUCCAUCCGCUUACCCUGGCACAAUACAGGAGGAAGGCCACCUCAGGACUCUAAAGCUCGUUUUGCUCCCUACAAACCUGUGGACAUCAUGCUCAAGCCCCUGUUGUUCGAGGUGCCCAGCAUCACCACAGACUCUGUGUUCGUGGGCAGAGAUUGGCUCUUUCAGCAGCUGGAAGAUGCCUUGAAGGCCGGUGAAUCCACAGAGAACCAGGGUGUUAUAGUGGUGGGCAGUGUGGGUUAUGGGAAGACGGCCAUUAUCUCCCGUCUAGUAGCACUAAGUUGCCACGGAGGCCGCAUGCGUCAGAUCGCCUCCAACAGUCCCAGCGCCUCCCCUAAAAGUGGUGGAGGACUGGGCACAGAACUUCCUCUCAGUCAGCCCCCACAGCCCACUCCACCUUCCAGUGCCACCAACACACUGAGGACUAACAGUUGCCCGGGGACCCCCGAGAUGCAGCAGCGCAGGGAGGUGGCAGUUAAACGUCUGGCUGCAAAGGUGGUGGCAUAUCACUACUGCCAGGCGGACAACACGUACACUUGCUUGGUACCAGAGUUUGUACACAGCAUCGCCGCCCUCCUGUGUAGAGCACACCAGCUCAGUGCUUACCGGGAGCUGCUGCUCAAAGAGCCCCAUCUGCAGAGCAUGCUCAGCCUGCGCUCCUGUGUCCAGGACCCAAUGGCUGCUUUCCGAAGGGGGGUCCUGGAGCCGCUCGCCAACCUACGGAAAGAGCGCAAGAUUCCAGAGGAGGACCACAUCAUCUUAAUAGACGGACUGAACGAGGCAGAGUUCCAUAAGCCUGACUACGGCGACACCAUCGCCUCCUUCAUCACCAAGAUCAUUGCCAAGUUCCCCUCCUGGCUUAAACUUGUGGUCACUGUCCGGGUAAACUUAAUGGAGAUCACCAGCCUUCUGCCCUUCUUCAGGAUCUCCUUGGAUGACUUUUCUGACAGCAACGAGAUAGGCAGUGACCUCAAUGCAUAUAUACAAUACCGUAUCAAUAACAGCAAGGACAUCAUGAACAAUAUUAGCCUGAAUGGAAAGGCUGACCCUCUCACAGUUGGCAAACUCAGUAGCCACCUGAUCUCUCGCAGCCAGGGUUCCUACCUGUAUCUCAAACUAACUCUGGACCUGUUUGAGAAAGGCCACCUAGUCAUCAAAAGUGCCAGCUACAAAGUUGUGCCAGUCUCAUUGGCUGAGCUCUACCAGUUGCAGUGCAAUAUGAAGUUCAUGACCAAUUCAGCCUUUGAGCGUUCACUGCCCAUUCUUAAUGUGGCGCUUGCCUCGCUGCACCCCAUGACUGACGAGCAGCUGUUUCAGGCCAUCAACGCCACCUUCAUCCAAGGGGAGCUGCAGUGGGAGGACUUCCAGCAGCGCAUGGAGUUGCUCUCGUGCUUCCUCAUCAAGCGGCGGGACAAGACGCGCAUGUUCUGCCACCCCUCAUUCAGAGAAUGGCUGGUGUGGAGAGCUGAUGGAGAGAGCACAGACUUCCUCUGUGACCCCAGGACUGGCCAUGCUCUUAUGGCUUUCAUGUUGUCACGCCAAGAGGGGAAACUGAAUCGUCAGCAGACCAUGGAGCUGGGACAUCACAUCCUCAAAGCACACAUCUUCAAGGGCCUGAGUAAGAAAACAGGUGUGUCAUCCAGUGUGCUGCAGGCUUUGUGGAUUAGCUGCAGCGCUGAUGGUCUUUCUGCAGCACUGGCAUCCCUGAGGAACCUGUACACGCCCAACGUCAAGGUGAGCCGUCUGCUGAUGCUGGGUGGGGCAAACGUGAACUAUCGCACAGAGGUCCUCAACAACGCUCCGGUGCUUUGCGUCCAGUGCCACCUUGGUCACCAGGAAAUUGCCUCUCUGCUGCUGGAGUUUGGCGCCAGCGUGGAUGUGGUGUCUGAAGCUGGCAUGAGCCCACUCUGCUUCUCGGCUGCUGCGGGACACCUGGGCCUAGUCAUGCUGCUCUGCAAGAGGGGGGCCAAGGUUGACCAUGUGGAUAAGAGUGGGCAGUGUGCGCUGGUCCACGCUGCUCUUCGAGGGCACCCAGAGAUUAUCCAGUACCUGCUGGAGCUGGACUGGAGUGCUGAGGGGCAGCAGCAGGACUGUGCUCUGAAGAACAAAGCUCUACAGCAGGCUUUGAUAGCAGCCUGCAGCAUGGGACACACACAGGUUGUGAGCAGCUUACUGGCUUUGAGUAAUGACCAUGCUGUGCAAAUUGAUGGCCAUGACACUCUGUGGGGAGAGACAGCCUUGACAGCGGCAGCAGGCCGAGGGAAGACGGAGGUGUGCAGUUUCCUGAUGGAGCAGGGCGCAGUGGUACAGCAGGUCAACCGACGGGGGGUGUCUCCUCUAUUCUGUGCCGUCAGACAGGGGCACUGGCAGAUCGCAGAGCUGCUGUUGCAGCGAGGUGCUGACAUUAACGUCAGUGACAAACAAGGCAGGACCCUGCUGAUGGUGGCUGCCUGUGAGGGUCACCUGAGCACUGUCGAGUUUCUUAUUUCCAAAGGUGCAUCCUUAACGUCAAUGGACAAGGAGGGACUGAUGCCCCUGAGCUGGGCAUGUUUAAAAGGACAAAAGAAUGUAGUGCAGUUUUUGGUGGAGAAAGGUGCCGUCAUUGACCACACGGACAAAAACGGACGGACGCCGUUGGACCUUGCUGCCUUUUAUGGCGAUGCCGAUAUUGUCCAGUACUUGGUGGAAAGAGGAGCAGUGAUCGAGCAUGUUGACCACAGUGGGAUGAGGCCACUGGACAGAGCCAUAGGCUGCAGGAACACGUCGGUGGUGGUGACUCUGCUGAAGAAAGGGGCCAAGCUGGGCUACCGAACGUCGCCUUACGAUCGAUCAGGGAAUGCUGCUUGGGCCAUGGCUACUUCCAAACCUGAUAUUCUGAUCAUUCUGCUUCAGAAGCUGAUGGAGGAGGGAAACCUACUGUACAAGAAAGGGAAGAUGAAAGAGGCAGCCCAGAGGUACCAGUACGCCCUGAGGAAGUUUCCUAGAGAAGGCUUUGGUGAUGACCUGAAGGCCUUUAAAGACCUCAGGGUGUCCCUGUACCUCAACCUCUCCCGCUGUCGCAGAAAAACAAACGAUUUUGGAAUGGCUGAAGAGUUUGCAACAAAAGCACUGGAGCUGAAACCCAAAUCCUACGAGGCCUUCUAUGCUCGCGCGAGAGCUAAGAGAAGCAGCAGGCAGUUUACAGCAGCCCUGGCUGAUCUGCACGAAGCAGCCAAGCUGUGCCCCAAUAACCGAGAGAUCCGUCGUCUGCUGGCUCGAGUAGAGGAGGAGUGCAAACAGAUGCAGCGCAUGCAGACCAAAGGAGGCCUCAGCGGGGCUGCAGCUGCUUCCAGCCAGGCAUCGGGAGGCCACGAGUCCGACCAGGAGCAGGACGAAGGACAGGAGGAACUCUCUGAGCACAGCCUUGCCAGGAGUGUAGAAGGACAAAGAGACAUUUUGGAGGAGGAGGAGGACGAGGAGGAGGAGGAGGCGGCAGCAGUGGCGGCAGCCUCGCAGCAUGCCAGAGCAGCUGAAGCGUGCUGGUCACAGAAUAAUUCUUCUUACAACAGAGUCUUGCCCUCCGAGUCUGUCAGCAACAGUGUGGGACAUCAGAGUCAGAGUUUGAACCCCUGCUCACCCCCGGGACCAAGCAGGCUUCCCCCUCACAGGUAUCCCCGAGAGCACAGGGAGGCUCUGGCUCAGCAGGGCCUCGUUCUGCAGCCGACCAAGCAGGCCCAGAUAGUCAAGACCAACCAGCAUAUGAGCUCCAUGCAGGCUGGGGCUGUGGGCGGCCGCUCGGGAGGCUCAAAGUCUCAGUACGCUCCAUCCAGUCCCUUACCCAGCCGACACAUGUCCAGCAUGCUGAAGCCGGGACCAGGCAUCGACAUCAGUCCCCUGCCUCUCCCCGCUGACGAGCCUGUGUACGGGAACCGCAUGUCGCUGGCGGCUGCCGCCCUUUCGAUGGGUCACAGUUAUGAAAACGAAAUCCUACAUUCAUCCUCUUACACGUCCUGCAGCAGCAGCAGCAGCUCCAAGGGUGUGGGGCAAGACAGACUGUCUGCUCACUCGGUGUCCUCUCUGGACGCGCUUGCCUGCUCUGGUCCUGGACUCCAGGCGAACCACAGCGACACAGGGAAGGAAGGGGUGUGCGGUGCAGUAGGACUGCACGGAGCGGGGAGCAGCGGCAGCAUGCACGUGUCCAGUUCCACCAGCAGCCUGGCGUCCAGCAGCAGUCUGUCAGACAGCGGCAAGCUGGGACCUGACGUCCGCACUAAGACAAAGCACAGCCAGCAGGGCGGCGCUGCAGCAGAGUAUAAACCCAGACCCUUCAUGGGCAUAACUGACAAGAAGGCUCGCUUUCAUCAGCAGCAGCAACAGCUCGGCUUACCGAGUCUCCAGAGCCUUCCGUCUGCCGGUCGCAGCUGGAUGAAUCACUCCUCUGACGGCGUGGGGUGUCACAACAUGUCCGCGCUGGGUCUGCAACCCGUCGACUGCGAGAUUCCUUACGCCAAAACACUGAGCACUUACCAGGAGCAGCACAAACCACCAGCGCCUCAGGGUGCGAUGAGUAGCUUACAGAACGGCAUGCAUGCCAAGGAAUUCGCUGAGAAAUUCUGCCAAGCCGCCAACUGUUACAAAGAGUCCAAGCCAGCGCUGGCGAUGCCGCACACUUACAUGGACAGUAAGCCCAAGCAGCCCGGCUUAGUCCGAGAUAAUCCUGCCAUUCAUGUAGCUUCAAUGAAACCAAAGCGAUCUUUUAUAGAGUCGAACGUGUAGAGAUGUUUUGUUUUGUCUCUCGCACAGUCCACAACGCACACACUAGACUAGCAAAAAUCUGACGUGAGAAGGAGUUGUAAUUUCUUCUUUUUUUUUCCUCCUCCCCUUGUAAGAAAUACAGUAUGCAAGCCGUUUGUUUUCAGGCGGUGUGCGGCGAGCGUACCGGCGGCUCCAGAUUCCUCUCCUCCCGCCCCCCGUCGCUUGUGGACGUCGGAUUGAUUCUCGACGACGCGUCCGCCAUCGUUCAGCCAAGCUGGAGGCAUUGCACUGAAGAAGUAUUCGGACGUGUUCUGUACAGUCCUCACCAAAAGGAAAAAACGGUGACAGUGAGCACUUUAUAUACAGUUACGCCGCUUAGUCAACAUACUCAGUUACAGCUUAAUGUUAUUACAGACGAGUUUUGAACUGUGUUCAUAUACGUCCAUGGUGCUGAGAGAAGGAAGGAAAGGAAGAAGAAGAAAGUCCUCAGUGAAGGUCGAAGAAAGUCUAAAGACGGGCAUUCCUGUGUUUUACGAAGGAUGUUCUAGAUCCUCGUGUAUAUUGUAUAAAUAUGUACUUUUUCCCCUUCUUUUCAGUGAAGGUCCGUGUUAAGUGUAUUGACAAAGUUCAGAGUUGUGUAUUUUGAGUUUUAUGCACAAUGUUGUUCAAAUGGUGUUAAAAAGGUUCUUAAAAAAAGAAAAAGAAAGAAUUUGUUAAAUAUGUUUGUACAUUAUAUGAAUCUCCAUUAACAUUCAGCUGAAGUCCUUCCUGUACCUGCUUGUUGUUGCAGUCCUAGUUUAAUUUAUUUACAGCGCCAAUGGCUUGGUUAAUUGUAAAAGCAAUAUAUUUUAUAUAGUUAUUUUUGCACAGCUACUAAGUCAUUUUAUGAUUCUCAGUUACAUUGAGUUUUAAGUGCAUGCUACAGUUGCAGUUUAUAUUACAGAGUUAAAAAGAAAAGAAGAAAAUCUAUAAAAAACAGAAAUGGUUUGGGGGUUCAGUGCCAUCGCCUCUAUUUUAAUAUGUACAUUAAACGCAAUUGUUUUUA